AUGGCUUCUAUGCCUUACAAAGAUUUUAUCUCAUCGCCUCCCUUCACCUUUGUUGUCGGCCCAGAUGAGAAAGAGCACACAAUCCAUUCUGCCCUUGUCGCAAGCCAAUCCGCAUCUUUGGAUGCACUCAUCAAUGGAGGAAUGAAAGAGUCCAUAGAACGGCGCGUUGUAUGGAAAGAUGUCGAUGACGAAUCUUUUAUCCGGUUUAGCCAAUACGUAUACACUGGAGAUUACGAGGCAGCGAAGCCUAGCAAACGCGAGGCAGUAGUAAUAGCUUCCCCUCUAAUGACAUCCACAUCCCCGUCGAGCUUGUUUGGCAAAAAGGGGAGAGGAUUCGGAGCGGCUGAACAUGUCACCAUGACUAAGAGAAGGCUGUUAUAUGACAAAUUCCAGGCUCUUUACCCGUUACCGUCGCCAACCGCUGUUCCUAGCUCAGAAGCAUCCGCCAUGCAUGACUAUACGGAUGUUUUUCUCGGUCACGCACAAAUGUAUGUCUUUGCGGAUUACCACGGAAUCGAGCCUUUGCAGGUCUUGGCGCUCGGAAAGUUGCGCCAGAUCUUGACGUCGUUCACUGUUCGUGUCGAGAGCUACAAUGAUAUAACUCAACUUGUACGAUACACUUUUGAACACACUGUUGAUAAAAAGGAACAAGGUGAUAGAUUGAGAUCGCUCGUCUGUUUAUACGCCGCAUGCAGAGUGGAGGAUUUAUGGAAGGACACUGAGUUUAGAGAUUUUGCGAGCACGUCGCCCGAUUUGUCUGUACAGCUCAUUACGGCCAUGCUUGAUCGGCUUGAUUAA